AUAUCGCACAUAUUAUUGAGACCAACUAGCAACAUAGAAAGCACAAUAUUGUACCAAUAAUGGCAGCCAAAAUAUUUUGCCUCAUUAUGCUCCUUGGUCUUUCUGCAAGUGCUGCUACGGCGAGCAUUUUCCCGCAAUGCUCACAAGCUCCUAUAGCUUCCCUUCUUCCCCCAUACCUCUCACCAGCGAUGUCUUCAGUAUGUGAAAAUCCAAUUCUUCUACCCUACAGGAUCCAACAGGCAAUCGCAGCAGGCAUCUUACCUUUAUCACCCUUGUUCCUCCAACAAUCAUCAGCCCUAUUACAGCAGUUACCUUUGGUGCAUUUAUUGGCACAAAACAUCAGGGCACAACAACUACAACAACUCGUGCUAGCAAACCUUGCUGCCUACUCUCAGCAACAGCAGUUACCUUUGGUGCAUUUGUUGGCACAAAACAUCAGGGCACAACAACUACAACAACUCGUGCUAGCAAACCUUGCUGCCUACUCUCAGCAACAACAGUUUCUGCCAUUCAACCAACUAGCUGCAUUGAACUCUGCUGCUUAUUUGCAGCAACAACAACUACUACCAUUCAGCCAGCUAGCUGCUGCCUACCCCCGGCAAUUUCUUCCAUUCAACCAACUGGCAGCAUUGAACUCUCAUGCUUAUGUACAACAACAACAACUACUACCAUUCAGCCAGCUAGCUGCUGUGAGCCCUGCUGCCUUCUUGACACAGCAACAUUUGUUGCCGUUCUACCUGCACACUGCGCCUAACGUUGGCACCCUCUUACAACUGCAACAAUUGCUGCCAUUCGACCAACUUGCUUUGACAAACCCAGCAGUGUUCUACCAACAACCCAUCAUUGGUGGUGCCCUCUUUUAGAUUGCUUAUGAGUUAUAGUUCAAUAAUAAAGUUUUUUUUGCUGAUA